AUGUCCCUAUCAGACGAAGACUACGCUCAACUAGCCCAGGAGAUUCCAUCGCCAGAUGAACCUUUCCUGCGGCAGUUCACCGCCGGCAGCGUCCGCCUCCAGGACCAGGAAUCCGCCCUCCGCGCCGACACGGGCUUCCGUAACUCGCUCUCUCCAAUCGCUCGCCGUGCCGCUUCCAUCGUCACCAAGAUUCGCGAGAGAGAAAAUGAGACGGUAUGGACUGGCCAGCAAGAUCUGGGAACGCCGUUUGCCUUGGCGAAGCCGUUGCUCGAGACGACAGACCUGUGGCGUAUCAUACGGCGGUUGCCGAAGGGAGGCGUGUUGAACGCGAACCUGAGUAACAUGGUCGAUAUCGACUGGCUCCUGGAUGUGGUAUUCAAAACUCCGGGAAUGCACAUCUCGGCCGACGCACCGUUGGAUUCAAGCACGGCGCUGGAGGGCGCGACCGUGAAGUUUGGCUUUCGCCAAACCGAGACGAGCGAGGCGUCAGUCUGGACAAGAGGCUACGUCCCCGGCACAUGGAGAGGUCUCAAGAAGGCGGCGAACGAGUUCGAUGACGGCGGAGAACCUGCGUUCAGAAACUGGCUCAGGACGCAAUGUGUCAUAUCGAAGGAGUCCGUGGAACAACAUGCCACCCGCGAAGCCAUCUGGAAACGCUUAGGGCGGUGCUUUGCGAUCACGGAAAGCAUGAUAUCUUACGAACCCAUCUUUCGCGCCUUCUUACGUCAUAUAAUGAGCACUCUUCACGCUGAAAACAUCAAUUGGAUCGAACUACGCGUCACUCUGGGGCUCGGCUACUGCCGCCAAAGCCGUGAAACGCCCGAGACUGACUAUGACCACAUGUACAGCGUCAUCGACGAAGAGCUUGCCAGAUUCAAGUCCGAGGCCUCUCACGCCUCCUUCUGGGGCCUUCGUCUCAUCUGGACAUCCAAUCGGGCCCUCCCGAGGCGCGCGCUGAUUCAAGACAUGGACAACUGCCUCACGACCAAACUUACGCACGCGUCCCUCAUUGCCGGCUACGACGUCUGCGGCCGCCGCGAGGACGCCGGCCGCUCCCUCAAGGACCUAUUGCCGGAGCUCUUCUGGUUCAAGAAGCAGUGUGCCCAGGAGCGCGUCGAAGUCCCCUUCCUGUUCCACGCUGGCGAGGAUCUAGCCGCCGGCGGGAUACUGGCUGACGAGGACCUCUACGACGCUAUUCUGCUGGGAACCCGCCGUCUCGGCAGCGCCCAAGAACUGCACCGGCACCCCCUCCUUGUCGACCUCGUCAAGGAGAAGCGUAUCCUGAUCGAGACCAGUCCCUUCGGCAGCGAACUCCUACGCAUCUCCGAACUCGAAAGGACGAACCCGCUACCGGCGCUCAUCGCACGGGGCGUGCCGUGCGCGCUGGGAAGCGACUGUCCUUCUGCGCUGAGGAGCGCCGGUGCGGUCGGGCCGUCUCACGACUACUGGAAGCUGCUACAGGGCUGGGGCGGCCUCGGGCUCGAGGGCUUGGGCGCACUGGCGGAGAACGGGGUUCGAUGGGCGGCGUUCGAGGACGAAGAUGCCAAGGCCUGGGGCGCUGGAGUGCGGGAGGCCAGUCUGGGGCGUGGCAUCAAGGCGCAGAGGCUGAAGCAGUGGGCCACGGCGUGGGAGGAGUUCUGCUUGUGGAUCGUGACGGAGUAUGGGGACGAAUUAGGAGAUGAACCAGGGGAUAUUCAGGCUCGUAGCUUGGAUAUCGAGGCAGACCGGGGAAAGGGCAAGGCAGAGGCAUGA